AUGGCCAUCUCAUCACGCCUCGCCCUGUGGGAGCAGAAGAUUCGGGAGGAGGACAAGAGCCCCCCACCGUCCUCGCCCCCUCCCCUGUUCUCUGUCAUCCCAGGAGGCUUCAUUAAGCAACUGGUCCGCGAGACCGAGAAAGAGUCCAAGGAGGCAAGACUGAGGAAGCAGGCGGCGCUCGGCUCUCCUGAGCAAGACACCCCAGAAAUCUCUGCUGACCAACCCAAGAGCAAGCCCAACAUUGACACCAAAUCUGGAAGCCAGCAAACCCCGCAAGGCAGCCAGCCGAGCUCUCCGCAGAACUCCAACGUUCCGGGCAAGCAGGGCCAGCAGGCCAGCCCCACGGACCCCGUGCUGAUGACCAGCAUCAAUGGCGAGAAGCCCCAGGAGUCGGGCCCCGGUGGGACCCCAGCCAAAAAACCCCUGCCCUUCAAGAGAGGUGUGAGGAGAGGUGACGUGCUGCUGAUGGUGGCCAAGCUGGACCCGGACUCAGCCAAGCCGGAACAGGGGACCCAGCCCCGGGACGCCCCCACCUGUAAGACCCCGCCCCCAGCCACAGACCCUGGAGGGGUAAACAAGGGGGGGACUCCAGGGACUCCUCGUGGCCCCCAGGCCGUCACUAAGGACGCAGCCCCCAAGGCUGAGAAGACCCAGCCCGAGGGUGUUGUGGGCCCAGGAACACAAGGCGUGGUGGGGAAAGGGGGCAGGGACCCCCAGGCCAAAGGGCUGAAAGGGGGUGAGCUCCAGGGCAGGGAGGGGCCGGACGAAGGGGAAAGGUCGGUUCUGGCGGAGAAGGGAGCAGGGGACCCCCCAAGCAAGAUGGCGAAGGGGACUCUCCCCAAGGAUGCGGGGGGUGAAGGCAAGGGCCCUGGGGCCCAGAUCCGGGUGAGAAAGUGGGGAGUCUCCCUGGGCAGCAGGGGCAAAUGGGACGGUCCCCAGAGCAAGAAGGAUAAAGAAGGUUCACUGCUGAGUAAGGCGGAGAAGACAAAGGAACCUCAGGUCAAGGCGGAGAAGAUGAGCAAAGUUCGAGGGAAGCCGGGGCAGGAGGGGGAAGCUGUCAGAGAGGAGAAGGCAAGUGAGCCCCAGGCCGAGGGAGGAAAGGAAGGGCGACCUCAGAGUGAGUCUGGGGAGGCAGCGCAAGCUGGGGGGAAUGCAGGGAAGGGCUGUGAAGCCCCCAAGGAGGUGGGUGCGCGCAGGGAGAACCCAGCGGCGGCUGGGAAGGAGGGCCAGCCAGCCAGCAGAGGACAGAAAGCCCGGGAGCCCCGUGCGGGAGCGGAUGACGGGGCAGAGACCCUGGCGAUGGAGCUGGAAAGAGCCAGACCCCCUGCUCUGGAAAGCCACGCGGAAUGUCCUCCAAGUCGGAAGGAGAGUGAAGAGGGGCCGGCCCUGCAGGAGGGGAACAAAGCGGGACAGAGCGAAGACUCGGAUCAGGCUCCUGAGGACAGAUGGUACGAGGCAGAGAAAGUGUGGCUGGUUCAGAAGGAUGGAUUUACUCUUGCCACCGUGCUGAAGCCGGAUGAGGGAACCGCCGACCUGCCGGCAGGAAGGGUGCGGCUUUGCAUUGAUGCUGACAAAACAGUCACUGAGGUGGACGAGGAGCGUGUGCAUAGGGCAAACCCCCCUGAGCUGGACCAGGCUGAGGACCUGGCGUCCCUGGUCAGUGUCAACGAAUCAAGUGUUCUGAACACGCUUCUGAACCGCUACCGGGCUCAGCUGCCUCAUACCUUCACGGGGCCGGACCUGAUCUUCCUCCAGCCCCGGGGCCCCCUGGCGCCCUCUGCAGGCAAGGUGUCCAGGCGCCGCCGGGAUGGCCUGCCAGCUCACCUUGGCUCCCUGGCCCAGCGGGCCUACUGGGCGCUCCUGAGCCAGCGGAGAGACCAGAGCAUCGUGGCCCUGGGCCGCAGUGGUGCUGGGAAGACCACAUGCUGCGAGCAGGUCCUGGAGCACCUGGUGGCGAUGGCAGGCAGUGUGGAUGGCCGGGUCUCAGUGGAGAAGAUCCGAGCGACCUUCACUGUCCUCCGGGCUUUUGGCUCUGUGUGCACCGGCCAUAGCUGCAAUGCCAGCCGGUUUGCCAUGGUGAUGUCGCUGGAUUUCAAUGCCACAGGGCGAGUUACGGCCGCUCAGCUCCAGACAAUGCUUUUGGAGAAGAGUCACGUGGCCCGGCAGCCGGAAGGGGAAGGCAACUUUGAGGUUUUCUCCCAGAUGCUAGCUGGGUUAGACCUGGAUCUCAGGACAGAGCUGGACCUCCAGCAGCUGGCCAACAGCAACUCCUUCAGCAUGGGCGUGUGGCCUAGGCCUGAGGACAAGCAGAAGGCAGCAGCUGCCUUUGCCCAGCUCCAGGCCGCCAUGGAGACGCUGGGCAUCUCGGAUGGCGAGCGGCGGGCCAUUUGGCGGGUGCUGGCGGCCAUCUACCACCUUGGCGCGGCAGGGGCCUGCAAAGUGGGCCGGAAGCAGUUCAUGCGCUUCGAGUGGGCAAACCACGCAGCUGAGGCCCUGGGCUGCGAGUAUGAGGAGCUGAACACGGCCACCUUCAAGCACCACUUGCGACAGAUCAUCGAGCAAGUGACAUCUGGGCCGAGCCGACGGGGCCUGGAGGGCGAGGAGACCAGCUCAGGGCUCAAGAUGACGGGCGUGGAGUGCGUGGAGGGGAUGGCCUCCGGCCUGUACCAAGAGCUCUUUGCGGCCGUGGUCUCGCUCAUCAACAGGUCCUUCUCUUCCCGCCACCUGUCCAUGGCCUCCAUCAUGGUGGUGGACUCUCCGGGCUUUCAGAACCCGCGACACCAGUGCAAGGACCGGGCCGCCACCUUCGAGGAGCUGUGCCGCAAUUAUGCCCACGAGCGCCUGCAGCUGCUUUUCUACCAGCGGACCUUCGUCUCGGCGCUGGAGCGGUACCGGCAGGAAGGUAUCCCUGUGCCCUUUGACCUCCCGGAGGCUUCCCCAGGGACCACGGUGGCCGUUGCGGACCAGAAUCCUUCCCAGGUCCGAUUACCAGCUGCUGGAGGUGCUGAGGACCCUAGGGGCCUUUUCUGGCUCUUGGACGAGGAGGUCCGGGUGGAAGGCUCCAGUGACAGCGUGGUGCUCGAGCGUCUCUGUGCGGCUUUUGAGAAGAAAGGGGCGGGAGCUGAAGGGACCUCCGGCCUUCGGUCCUGUGAGCAGCCCCUCCAGUUCGAGAUUUUCCACCAGCUGGGACAGGACCCCGUGCGCUACGACCUCACAGGCUGGCUGCACAGAGCCAAGCCCAACCUUUCCGCCCUGGACGCCCCUCAGGUCCUGCAGAGCUCAAAGAGGGAGGACCUGAGGAGCCUGUUCCGGGCCCGGGCCAAGCUGCCCCCCGUGUGCCGGGCCGUGGCCGGCCUGGAGGGCGCCUCCCAGCAGGCCCUGCAGAGGAGCCGCACGGUGAGGAAGGCCUUUGCCAGCAGCCUCGCCGCGGUCAAGAGGAAAGCCCCGUGCUCCCAGAUCAAGCUGCAGAUGGAUGCGCUGACCAGCAUGAUCAGACGGUCUCAGCUACACUUCAUCCACUGCCUUGUGCCGGGCCCCGUGGGGGAGAGCAGAGGCGGACAGGGGCCUCUGACCCCCCCGCAGCCUGGGGGAGACGAGCCCAGGACAGGCGCCCCUCUGCCCUUGGACAUCACUGCGCUGAGGGUGCAGCUUGCGGGGUCCUGCCUCCUGGAGGCGCUGCGUCUGCACAGGGCAGGCUAUGCUGACCACGUGGGCCUCGCUCAGUUCCGACGGCGAUUCCAGGGGCUGGACCCUGUCCUCACGAAGAAGCUCAGGUCGGCCUCUGAAGGCAUAGAUGAGAGGAAGGCUGUGGAGGAGCUCCUGCAGACCUUGGAUCUGGAGAAGAAGGCAGUGGUCAUCGGGCACAGCCAGGUGUUCCUAAAGGCGGGCGUGGCCUCGAGGCUUGAGAAGCAACGCGAGAAGCUGGCAUCUCCCAGCAUCGUUUUGUUCCAGGCGGCUUGUAAGGGCUUCCUGUCCCGGCAGGAGUUCAGGAGGCUCAAGAUUCGCCGCCUGGCCGCGCGGUGCAUCCAGAAGAACAUGGCUGUGUUCCUGGAGGUCAAGGACUGGCCGUGGUGGCGGCUCCUCGGUUCCCUCCGGCCCCUGCUGAGUGCCACCGCUGGGGACGAGCAGCUCCGUGCCAAGGAGGAGGAGCUCACGAUGCUGAGACAGAAGCUAGAAAAAUCGGAGAAGUCACGGAAUGAACUCCGGCAGAAUGCGGAUCUGCUAGAGAGCAAGAUUGCCGAACUGACCACAGAGCUCGCCGAUGAGCACUUCAAAGGGGACGUGGCCUGCCAGGUGCUGGAGACAGAGCGGGCAGAGCGGCUCCGCGCCUUCCGGGAGGUCCAGGAGCUGAAGAGCAAGUAUGAGCAAGUCCAGAAGAAUUUGGGAGAAGUGCAGAAGCAGUUGGAGGAAGCCCAGCAGAAAAUUCAGAUGAGUGAGUUGGAAAGGAGCCACACGGGAGGAGCGGAUGAGUGGCAAAUGCGCUUCGACUGUGCUCAGAUGGAGAACGAGUUCCUGCGGAAGCGUCUGCAGCAAUUUGAGGAGAGGCUGGACUCGGAGCUGACAUCCAGGAAAGAGCUGGAGCAGAAGCUCGGGGAGCUGCAGAGCGCCUAUGAGGGGGCCAAGAAAAUGGCUCACCAGCUAAAGAGGAAGUGCCACCAUCUGACCUGUGACCUGGAGGACACCCACGUCCAGCUGGAGAGCCAGCAGAGCCGAAACCACGAGCUCGAGAAGAAGCAGAAGAAGUUUGACAUGCAGCUGGCACAGGCCCUGGGGGAGUCCGUGUUUGAGAAGGGCCUUCGCGAGAAAGUGACCCAGGAGAACACCAGUGUCCGCUGGGAACUGGGCCAGCUUCAGCAGCGCUUGAAGCAAAAAGAGCAGGAAACCUCGCAGCUGAAGCAGGAGGUGGAGAAGUUGCAGGCCCAUAAGCGGGAGCUGGUGGGGUUGUCCUCGCUGGGAGAAAACGGUGUCGCAGGCUUGAAGGAGAGGCUCUGGAGCCUGGAAUCCAGUGCCCAGGAACAUGAGAGAAUCCAGAACCAGCAAGAGAACACCAUCAAGCAGCUGGAGCAGCUCCGCCAACGGUUUGAGCUAGAGAUGGAGCGGAUGAAGCAGAUCCACCAGAAGGACCGUGAGGACCAGGAGGAGGAGCUGGAAGAUGUCCGUCAGUCCUGCCAGAAGCGGCUCCGCCAGCUGGAAAUGCAGCUGGAACAAGAAUACGAGGAGAAGCAGAUGGUCCUCCAUGAGAAGCAGGAUUUGGAAGGCUUGAUUGGAACCCUCUGCGAUCAGAUCGGCCAUCGGGACUUUGACGUGGAGAAGCGUCUCCGGAGGGACCUCAAAAGGACUCAUGCGCUAUUGUCAGACGUGCAGCUCCUUCUGGGGAGCAUGGAGGAUAGCAAGACGUCGGUCAGCAAGGAGGAGCUGGAGAAGGUGCACAGCCAGCUGGAGCAGAGUGAGGCCAAGUGUGAGGACGCCUUGAAGACCCAGAAGGCGCUGACUGCGGACCUGGAGAGCAUGCACAGCGAGCUGGAGAGCAUGACCCGGAAUAAGAGCCUGGUGGAUGAACAGCUAUACCGGCUGCAGUUUGAGAGGGCGGACCUGCUAAAGCGCAUCGAUGAGGACCAGGACGACCUGAACGACCUCAUGCAGAAGCACAAGGACCUCAUUGCUCAGUCUGCUACUGACAUUGGGCAGAUCCAAGAACUACAGCUGCAGCUGGAGGAAGCCAAGAAGGAGAAGCACAAACUUCAAGAGCAACUGCAGGUGGCUCAGAUGCGCAUCGAGUACCUGGAACAGUCCACCGUGGAUCGAGCCAUUGUCAGCAGGCAGGAGGCAGUCAUCUGUGACCUGGAGAACAAGACGGAGUUCCAGAAAGUGCAGAUUAAGAGAUUCGAGGUCCUGGUGAUCCGGCUUCGGGACAGCCUGAUCAAGAUGGGCGAGGAGCUGACGCAGGCGGCCAAGUCCGAGUCCCAGCAGCGGGAGAGCAGCCAGUAUUACCAGCGGCGCCUGGAGGAGCUGAAGGCGGACAUGGAAGAGCUGGUGCAGCGGGAGGCAGAGGCCAGCCGCAGGUGCAUGGAGCUGGAGAAGUAUGUGGAGGAGCUGGCAGCGGUGAGACAGACGCUCCAGACAGACCUGGAGACGUCCAUCCGGCGGAUUGCCGACCUGCAGGCAGCUUUGGAGGAGGUGGCAUCCAGCGACAGCGACACAGAGAGUGUCCAGACAGCAGUGGACUGCACCAGCAGUGGCCGAAAAGAGAUAGAUAACGUCUCCGUCCUCAGCUCCCAGCCAGAAGGGAGUCUGCAGUCCUGGCUGAGUUGUACUCUGUCCCUGGCCACAGAUACCAUGAGGACCCCCUCGCGACAGUCAGUCAGCAGCCACUCCCUCAGCCCCAGGAUGAACGAGCAGGCCGGGGAUGCAGAGAGGUCCCAGCCGGCGUCGGCCCUGAGCAGAGCCCGGGCCAUGCGGAGCCAGACCUCUGGGGACAAAUCUGUAUCCCCCCUCUCCCUCCGGCGACAGAAGUACUACCACCUGGGAGAUGGUGAAGAGUGUGGCGGGCAGAAGCCCAUGGAGAGGCUGGGAGUGUGCUCUUCCUCCCCCGCCUCUCGGAGUACAGACUCACCCCCAGCGUCCAGGGAAAAGCUGCCCAGCCCUUCGGCCGCCCUGUCAGAGUUUGUAGAAGGCCUCCGGAGGAAGAGAGCUCAGAAGGGACAGGGGUCCACGCUGAGCCUGGAGGACUGGCCCACUCUUCCCAUUUACCAGACCACCGGGGCAUCCACGCUGCGGAGGUCCAGGGCAGGCAGCGACGAGGGAGACCUCUCGCUGGGGCUCAGGGCAAGGUUGGCCCCAGAAACAGAGGACGUCUCCGGGACGUCAGCCGGGCUCCUGCGGUCCACCAGCCUGAAGUGCAUCUCUUCCCCGAGCGCAGAGGGCUCCAUGCUGCUGCCCAAGAGGCCAAAGGCCAGGUUCAGCUCCUGCGAGUCCCUCUUCGAAUCAGGGCAGAGCUCGGAGAGAAAACUGAGCUCCCCAAGCACAUCCAGGGACCUGCUUUUGUCACCCACGGUGCGCCCACGGAGGCGCUGUCUGGAGUCCUCACUGGACGAGGCGGGCUGUCCGGACCUCGGGAAGGAGCCUCUCGUCUUCCAGAACCGGCAGUUCGCCCACCUCAUGGGGGAACCUCUGGGCAGCGAUCCGUUCACCUGGAAGGUCCCAAGCCUCAACUACGCACGCAAGACCAAGGUGGAUUUCGACGACUUCCUCCCAGCCAUCCGGAAGCCCGAGUCGCCUGUGUCCCUGGCCAGAGCCGCCAAAGAGGGUCAAGAGAGUCCUCGGCAUUCACGCAUCCACUUUGAGGCAGAGAAGGCCGACCGGACCUUUCUCUCAGGGAUCAAGGCCAUUUUGAAAAAGAGUCCGGAGCCCAAGGAGGACCCCGCUCACCUCUCUGACUCAUCGUCCUCCUCCAGCUCCAUCGUGUCCUUCAAAAGCGCCGACAGCAUCAAGAGCCGACCGGGAAUCCCACGGCUGCAGGGUGACGGUGGCGAGGGAACGCCCCCCGAGAACAGAGAGCCGGGGGCAGGCGGGAAAGACGAGGAUGUUGAGAGCAUAAUGAAGAAGUAUCUCCAGAAGUAGGAGCCAGUGCAGCCUCCUGAGAUACGCUGCCUUCAAAGACUUCCCGACUCCACAACUGUCUGGAGAGAGAGCAAGAGUGAGAGACCAGGAGGCCUCCCCCGGGGCCCUCAGUCCAGAGCCAGCCAGCACGGCUGCACUCAAGAGGCGAGAAGAGCCCAGCAGGAGGCAUAUCCCGCAGGCAUGGAGACCCCCUCAUGCUUGGUCUGUACAAAAUAAAGCGAUGGCUCCUUCACA